GCUGUGGCUGUCUUUACCUUCACUGCCUUAUAGUCACCAUGUCUUUCUCAGGGAAAUACCAGCUGGAGACACAUGAGAACUUUGAGCCUUUCAUGAAGGCUAUUGGUCUCACUGAUGAGCUUAUUCAGAAGGGCAAAGACAUCAAGAGCAUCUCUGAGAUUGAGGAGACUGGGGACCACUUCAAGGUGACUGUCACCACGGGGACAAAGGUCCUCACCAACUGCUUCACCAUUGGCCAGGAGGCAGAGCUCGAGACUCUGACCGGGGAGAAAGUCAAGUCUAUGGUGAUGAGAGAAGGUAACAAGCUGAAGGUCUCCCUGAAGGGGAUCGAAUCGGUCACAGAACUGGCAGAUGCAAACACCAUCGUCAACACCAUGACUGUAGCUGGCAUCGCAUACAAGAGGAUCAGCAAACGAAUUUGAUCUACUGUGCUGUUUUGCUUAAUAAAAUGUGAAAGGCAUGGAA